GCCUCCCCUGCCCAUCGAUGCUCUCGGAACUCGCAGCCGCAGCGGUUUCGUGGCGACGGGGAAGCCGAGGCCAGAGCGCAGCGGAGCGCGGCAGGUUGAAGCUGCAACACAGAUUGAACAAAAUGAAGGGUGAACCCCAGUGGGAAGCCAGUCUGCAGUGAGAAGGAAAGGCCCAUGAAUCAGCUUGCAAAGACCUUUACCACCCACUCACGUGCAACAAGGUAUUGACACGGCACAUUGUACCAUCCAUGUCUAUUUCACUGGGAUUUUCUCAGCCUUACCUCCAGCCAAACUGUAACAUUUGCUGCUUUUCCAUUGGAGAGUCAUGAUUAUUACUAGAGAACACAUCUUUGGGAAUUGGAAAACCAGAGAUAACUUAAUCGAUGUGCUUCAGAUACGCUGCACCGACCAGACCCAGUGGGGAUCUGUUGCUUGGUGCUUUUUAAUGAAGUGACUCAUGCGCACGCCUAUCAAUAAAUCCAUUUUAAAGGGUAAAGAAACCAGGCACAAGCAGUGAAAUGGGCGCAAGUCUGGACUACGUUGAACUCCUAGAUCUCUGUUGUUUCACCGUUUAAUUAAAAUCUCUCUAAGGGGUCUGGAUUUUCCUGAGCCAGCCAUUAGCCUUUAGGCCUCCGUUUCAGGUUGUUGAGGCUCUCUCUCCAUGGACUCCAGUACCAAAUGGGGUGUGUGCACAAUAAGCCUUUGCAAAAUGACAGGGCAUCAUCAAUGUACAAUCGGUCCUUCAGAAGUCCUAAUUUAUUACACUGAGAGUAAGCACAAGUCUUCUAUGGUGCUGUAACAUACAGACGAGCCUGUGUCAGAAGUGUUGUACAGCAUGUUAUGCAUGCUGACCUAUAUGUCAUGAACCCCAAUAGUGCCACAGCUAAAGGAGAUUGCCUUUUAUCUCAGAGCAGUAGGAGCAGCAUUGUACCCUGGCUUAUACCUGUGAAGCCCCGAUUAAGCCAACGAAUCCACUACAGCGCUUGAGAGCUGGUACGAAACACGUUUAGUCUCCAGUGUCAUUCCAGAGUGAAUGACAGGCAGAGUAAUGAAUGGACGGGUGCCACUAGCUGAAAAAGCCUUAUCUGAGAGCUAUGCCAGGCUUCGUUACAGGGACACUUCGUUGCUCAUCUGGCAGCAGCAGCAGCAGAAGUUGGAGACUGUCCCACCUGGUACAUACUUGAGUAGAAGCCGGAGUAUGUGGUACUCGCAGUAUGGUAACGAGGCCAUCCUGGUACGGGACAAAAACAAACUGGAUGUCUCCAGAGACACUGGGCAAUCAAAGUUUUGCAUGAUUAUGUAAUUUUAAAGGCUUCAUGUCAGAGAUCUGUACAUGGCAAACAAAUACAUGAAAGAACCUGUGCUAGGCCUCAGGCAAGUUCUAACCAACAUUUUCAUUCAAAAGCCACCAUUAAUAUUAAUGGCAGGUUUGGUUACAUUGUUUCCCAUCACUGCUGACUAUCAGAUAAUUGGGAUCAACCUACCAAGGUUCAGUGUGGUAUGAAGAGAUGAAGACUGGGGACACCUUACUAGAGGAAAAGGCCAAAAUGUUAAAUCAAGGGAUCAGGCUAAAAAAGAAAAAGACAUACUGCCUUCCUUGUGUGUCUAACUGCUUUAUGCCUGACCUACCCUCUGAUUGGGUACCAGUGUAACUGUUUCAGUUAUGGGUGUGAUUUUGUUACUGAAAUCAUUGUAUCAGUAUAGUCCCUAGUGUGAAUACACAUUGGUAUAAACCUGUCUUACACCUGUGUAGCUUAUUCCCCUUCCCUUACAAGAAUAGCUAUUCUGGCAUAAGCAAGUUUAUACCAAUAUAAUAGCAUCAGAGGCCGGGGCGGUUUACCAUUUUAACUGUACCACUAUCAUUAGGCUGUACAACUUUUGCUGUGGACUGGCCCUUAGAAGAUUAUUAAAACUGAAAGGAUGUUUGAAGUUUACAUUUAUUUUCACUGUUUAUGCCACUGAUUUAUGUUACGUAUUUCACUGAGACUGAAUGAUGAAAAUAGGCUAGUCAGUUUCACUUGCCAGUCCUUAUACACUAGCAAAAUUCUGCAAUGGCGGCCUUGCAAAUGCAUCUCGGCAAUGUUGGAGUCCAAACUGUUUUCAUUUGAUCAUUCUUCAGAAUGUUUCUAGUGAGAUUGGUCUGCAAAAAUACACAGAACCUUCAUUUUGGACUUUUCCUGUCCCCUUUUCAUAUUUUCCCUAUAAAUGGUCUCUUACAAUCUCAAUUCAUGAUCUGGCAGUUGAGUUGAAUAAUUUACAGUAUUAAGCAGAAUAGGGAAAGGAUGUACUGAGUGAAGUUACAUUUGGGCCUUAGAAGGGUCUGGGUAAGAGAGGUGUAUAAAGGCAGUUGCUUCUCUCUGAUAUUACAGUUCAGUAUCAUGGAGGUACCAAUUUGAAGGCAUCAUUCUGUGAAGUCAGUAGGACGACUCAUAUGAAUAAUACUCUGCUUAAGUAACAAUUGCACGAGUCACAUAAUAGUUCAAAAGCAUAUCACCAGAAUGAUGACUGAAUCAUCAGAUAGGCAAGGAGAGAUUUAGGAGAGUAAUAAUGAAGAAAGCUUCUGUUAACAAACACACACAUCGCUUGGUAAGGGUUGAAAGGAAAGAAAUGUCUGAAAGAAAACAAGAGUGCUACAGCCAUAGGUCAACGGCAAAAGGGAUUUUCUUGUUCAAGCGUUCUGUCUAGUUAAACCUUAAUGCAUGUAACAGUUAUGCAUUUAGCCUUCGUAAUGUGUCUCACUCUAUUUAUGCAGUUCCUAUUUCAAACAAAAAUAAUGGGAGUGUCCAUUAUACAUAAAGCUAGGAAGGAUUUUUUAUUUAAGUUUUGACAAACAACGUCUUGUAUUUAAUUGUAGUUGAUAUCAGUAUUUAAAAAAUUGUGUCCAGAAAUUAUUUUUUUCCGUUGUCAAAGUCUAAAGGAUUUUUAAAAAAACCAGACUUCUACAUCUGGAAAUGAACACUGGUGUCUGGCUCCCAGUUGUGUCUGCCAUCGCUACCCUAUUGUGUAUAUUAGGGCUUGAUCUAGCAGGGCAGGCUCAAGCCCUUAGAAAUCAUGGGAAUUACAUGGCUCAUCCAGCACAUGCUUAAACUCAAGCAUGUGCACAGUCCCGUUGACUUCGGUGGCACUAAUCACGUGCCUACAGUUAAAAUGCCUUAAGUAUUUUGCUGGAUCAGACCCCUAGACCCCAAUUCAGCCAGGUACUUAUUGCGGCCGUGGCCCUGAUCCAACAAAGCACUCGGGCACCUGCUUAACUCACUUCAGUUGGGCUACCCAUCUGCCUAAAGCUAAGCAUGUUGCAGAAUUGGGCCCAUUCUCCUGUACUUCUCAGUAGUCAUUAGGCUUAUUCCAAGAAGUUUUAUUUUUAAAACUUUUUAAGCACCUUAAAGUUUCUUAAUAUACAGAAAAAUUCGGUAUCCAGCCUUCUCCCAAGCUAACAAUAACACAUCCAUUCUACUGUGGAUGAACUAGUUUUUCUGCACUCAGCACUUACUGUUAGCAAGUGCAUUCGCUAGAUCAGAGUUAGCCCUGAUUUGUUUAGCUGUUACUAUUUAUGCACGUAUCCAUGAUUACUACAAACUACUGUAUGUUCAGAAAGUUUAACUUGGGCCCAUAUCCUGCAAACACUUAUGCAUAGGCUUUAUUUUGCACACAUGACCUUGGUCUCCUCGGGACUAUUUGGGUGGGUAAAGUUAAGCAUGUCUACAGGCACAGGCCUUACUUGGCACUAAGGGGAUGUUGUAUUGCUUGCUUUUCUGAACAUCCCUCCAAAUGUGAUUGUAUCUUUUCUCAUCACUUAGUAUUAAUGUAUUCUCAGUAGUCUUGGCAGAUUUGGUGGCAUGACUCGUAUGAACCGAGUUUCUGUAAUUAGUUAUGCAGUGUUGGUGCAGUUAUUGUAAAUGCAUUUGUUGUCUAUUGAUGUCAAUUAAAAUGGUUUGAAUGUGU